AUGGAACAACAUAUCUUGAAAAAAUGCGAGAUGCUUUUUGGCAAAAAUUUCUGCAAGGAUUUACUCGAAUUUGGUGAAGUGACAGCGUCUGUCAAACGAGAAGAUGGGUUAGGAAUUGAAUUCCGGAAUUCAUUCAUUGUUUCAAUGACAUAUACGUGUCAGUUUAUUGUGAGUUGAUAAUAUCUAUUGAAAUUGAUAUCAUAUAAACUUUCAGGGCCAACUCAAAAUUGGUGAUUGUCUUAUAGCUGUAAACGGUGUUUUUACUCAAGAUCCAAGAGUUUUUGUCAAAAAUAUCCAAGUAUUGAUCAAAAAACAAUCUCUAACACCAAUGACAAUCAAAUUCAUGCGACUAAAACGUAAAAUACCGAGACCUCCGACUUUUCCACCAAUUCACCCACAAGAAGGAUAUUCUUAUGAAACAUCCAUAAUUUAUAAUAUGAAAGGAAUAUUGCAUCUUGGAUUGGAUUUAAGAGAUAUCGAGGGAAAACUGAUGGUAACAAAUAUCACCGAAAAUUCAAUAGCUGAUAUCACAUUCUCAUUGGGCGAAGCUAUUAUUGACAUUGAUGGUGAAAAAGUUUCGAGUGUUGUUGUAUUUCAAGAACGUUUGAAAAAAUCAUUAGAAAUUCGGAAUUAUGCAUUGGUUUGUGUUGAAAUACCAACCACUGAUUUGCUGAAAAAUGCGAUUCGAAAUAAAAUCGCAGCGUCGUUGAAAGACACAAAUAAAGUGAAUCCGAUUCCUGGAGAUGUCAAAAUUUAUUGCGCUGAAGGGAUUGCUGUUUUGAGAAAAAUGAUCGAACCUAAACCAAUUUUUCAGUGUGAAAAACAGGAAAAAUCUGGAGCGUAAGUAAAUUUUAUUCAAUAUCUCAAAAGUAAUGUUAUCAUUCAGAGGUGCAUCAAAACCAUCUCCGAUUCAACUUCGUCUUGAUGAAAGAGUGAAAGAGCAAGACAUUCCAAGUAGUUGGAAUUCAAGGUUAUUUGUGAAACUUCCACCUGCAAAAACACUUGAAUCUGAAAAUGCUAACUGA